UUAAUGACCAUGUUACAAAUUUAACACAUGUGCCCUUCAAUCUCAAAUACAAAUAAUUCAAUAACAAUAUUGUAGAGAAUAUGACAACAAAAUGAUGCGUUCAUUAAUCAUAUAGGAUUCAUUUCCGUACUAAAAUCAUUUGGUAACAGAUUAUUAAAUAUGAAUUCAUUAGCCAUCAUCAUCUGUAUACUAUGUUGCUCAUUGAUUUUCAUUGCCAAAGCAAUAAUACCCGGUGGUCUUAGCCGAAUACCAACGAACGAUAUCAACAUGCUUUUGGCAUUAAUACCACUGGAACGUGAAAUGGAUCAUCGAUGGAAUUCGCCUAAAAUUCAUCGUAUCGUACGAAUACGAAGAGCUUAUUCACAAAUAGUAUCCGGUGUUAAAUACUAUGUGGUUUUCGAUUUUCAUGAAACCGAAUGUUAUAAGACUGAAGAAUGGAAGUUAUCAUCAUGUAGAAUUAUUGGCAAUAAUCAUGUUUGUCAUGCACAUAUAUGGGUUCAAGCUUGGAAGGGCAAAAAUAAAUUGGUAUAUUUUUCUUGCUUUAAUAUAAAUUGGAACAAAAUGAAAUCGAUAUUCUUUUGCUUUGCCAUCUUUACAUCAUGUGCCCAAGUUUAUGUUUUUGGUGCUCAAAAUAAACAAUCAGUGCCAAUCGCUGGAGGCAUUAGUGCCACUUCACCGGAUCGCUUUCAUAUAGUCGUACCAACAUUGAUCGCUUUGGAACGUGAAAUGGACGGGAAAAUGGAUUCACCAUACAUUCAUCGUGUAAACAAAAUUAAAGAUCUUAAAACACAGGUGGUUGCUGGAAUUCGAUAUUAUGUCAAGUUUGAUUUUGGACAAACUAGUUGCUUGAAGAAUGCGACCACUGUUGAUGGUAUCGGUCAAUGUAAUGAUGUUACUAAAACGCAUAAAUGUGAAGCCGAUAUCUGGGAACAGGCAUGGCUUGACCAACGUGAUCUUCUUAAUUUUAAAUGUGUUUAAUUAACUCUCACAAGCUCUUGUAAUGAUUCUGUAAAUGGAUUCUAUCUUUAAUAAGCUUUCGAACUUGUUAUUACUAUUAUUUCUUAUGUUUCUGUGGAUUUAAAAAAAUGUUGGCUACACGAAAUACAAUAAAAAA